AUGGCCGCCGCCGCCGAGCCGAAUUGGCGGCGAACCAGCAUAGCGCCUCGCGCUGCUGUGGGAGCCCGUGUGGCGCUCGCCCACCCGCACCCGCACCUGCACCAACACCCGCACCAGGAACAAAGCCACGACCAGCAGCAGCAUGAGCAUCACACUCAGCAACACACUCAGCAGCCGCAGACGCAGACGCAGACGCAGCCGCAGCAAUACCUCGCGCCCACAUCGGGCUCCCGCUUCCGCAAGCUGCGAGGCAAGAGCGUGUCGUCGCCGCGCGCCAUUGACGUCUUCCGCGACAGCCCCUCGAACAGCGGCAGCGACGAAGAAGGCCUUCAUCCUCAGGGUCAUCAUCUCCAAGGCCACCUCGUCCACAGCGUCAGCCAGAGCUCGUCGUGCUACUCGACUGACACGCCCAAGAAGGCGGCCCGCCGGCGCUCCAAGAGCGUCACGACGCCCCCGACCAACUACCACUACGGGUACGACGACAGCAGCCCGCAGGGGUACCACCACCACCACCACUACCACGAGCAGCAGCGAGGGGGUCCAGAGGCGACGGCGCCGGGUUGGAGCGACGCCAACACCAGCGCCAGCGCAGGGCCCGGCACGACACGAGGGGCAGCAGCAGCAGCAGCAGCCACCACCUCCUCCACCACCAUCACAUCAUCAUCAUUCCCCUCCACCGCCGCCAAUCUCAGAGGUGGCGCCAACGGCAGUGGUGGCACGCGACCUGUCCCGUCUUACAGGGGCACCGUCCCCACAUCUGGUGCCCUGAGCCCCAAGCCGGUGAACGUCGCUUCUGUCGAUCCCAGCGUCGCAGCCUUCGAGGGCGUCAAACCACCACCCGUAUACCGCGGUCGCGACACGCAUUCGACGCGACCCAGGGCGCCCGUCAACGGAAGAGGCCAGCAGCACGAUCACGGCUAUUAUAACAGACGCCAUCCAGGCUCCAAUUCCGCCUCGCCCCAGUCCCAGCACUCGCAGCACUCGCCGGCGCACCACCACCACCACCACCACCAUCACCAGCAGCAGCGCCAACAUCGUCACCAGCGCCAACAGCGUAGACCCAAGCAAGGCACCCCCAGUCGAGGCCCUCGCUCCCCCGUCCCGCAGGCAUCGCCCGUAUCCGCGUCGCAGUACCACCACCAGCAACACCAGGAACCCUACUACGCGCAGGACUACUCUCCACCGCGGGACUACUACCAGCACCAGCCGUAUUAUUCGGAGAACGAGCAGCAAUACCGGGAACAGGACCGCUAUUACCAGCCCUCGGACAACUCCCAGCAGCCAGGCGACUAUCAGCAGUGCCAGCAGGAGGACAACUUCCAGCGGCACCCCCUGGCGCAAGAACAGAACCUGUCGCCGCCGCCGCUGGUACACCAGCAAUACGAGCCGCAGGAUCUCGACCAGAGAUCAGACGACGCGGCCACGCGAGAGGCUCCCGUUGCUGACGCCACACAACCCAAAGAGGCUUAUCAGACACCUCAGAAGCCGAAGCAACAGCAGCAGCGGGCCAAACAAGAGUCGCCCGCUGCGGCCCAAAGCUCCCACUCUGCUGAGAGGCAGCACUACCAACAAGACUUGGCAUCCGUAUCACCCGACCGGGGUCAGCAGCAGAAGACGUCGAAGCAGGUGCAGCAGUAUCAACACGAGACUACCAGCCAGGGCACCGAAGAGGACGCCGACCGCGUAGCCGAAGAGGUCGCUCGCCUCGAGGCGGAGACUGAUCGCAUCCUCGCAGAGCAGAAGAAGCUUGAUCUCCUCCGGCUGCAGGCCACAUUGGAAACGCCGCCCAAGCCAAAACGCUCUUUGCUUGGCCUUGAGAAGCUCUUUGUAUCGCGCGGGAAGAAGUCCAAUCACGGCAGCAGCCAGCCUAGCACUCCCGACACUCUCGCCCCUUCCAUCUUCUCCCCGGCCCUGAGCCACUUUAGCCAUAGAAGCAGUGUAGACGACUCCCCUAUUCCCUUCAAGAUGGGCUUCAUCGAACCGGGAGGCAAGGGGAUCGUACCCCAGACCGACGCGCCAGCCUCGGCCAUCAAUGGCGGCGAACGGAUUGUCAUGGUCAGGUGUCAAUCUGCCACUGUGAACCUGCCCAUAUCUGCCGAGACGUCACCGGACGACAUCAUCCAGGCGGUGGCGCAAAGGACCAAGCAGCAGCUCAGCACGUCGUCGAGCGUCGUGGUUGAGUGCUAUUUUGCGCUUGGCCUGGAGCGCCGCUUGCGCCGGUACGAGCGCAUCCGUGACACACUCAACUCUUGGGACAAUGAUCAACAAAACUCCCUCCUGAUCAUGCCCGCCGACAGCCCGGUGGACCUCAAGGGUCUCGAGCUGAGCUCCGUGCCCCGCACGGAGGAUUCGCCGUCGGGCUUCUGCGUCCAGCUGUACCACUCCUCACGACCUGGAAAGUGGGCGAAGCGCUGGGUUACUCUCUUGGAGAGUGGACAGAUGUUCGUGUCCAAGAAGCCUCACUCCGGCCCCUCGGACAAGGAUAGCACAGUCAUCUGCCACCUGUCCGACUUUGACAUCUAUACACCCAAGCAGAGUGAGAUGCGUCGAAGUCUUAAGCCCCCCAAGAAGGUUUGCUAUGCCAUCAAGAGCCAGCAGAAGACCAUUGUGUUUCCCAAUGGCGAAAACUUUGUUCACUUCUUCUGCACCGACGACGAGGUGUUGGCGGCGCGAUUCUUGGAGCUGGUGCAUGGCUGGCGGAGCUGGUAUCUGGCCAACAUGCUGGUCGACCUGGAUAAGAAGAACAAGGCACCCGCUCAGAACGAAGGGCCCUUGGUAAGCCGAGCAAAGUCUAGGCGCAACCCCAAUGGCACGCUGGGUGUCACCAUCGACAAGAGCGCAGAGCCGCUGUGGGAUGUCACCGGCUUCAAGUCGCCCGAUGUCGCCACGCUCACCCGGACCCUCACAUUGGCAUCCAAGGAUCGUGCGAAAACAAAUACGGCGCAGUCGCCUACCGCAGAUGCGGAAGCAGAGUUUGCUGCCAGCGGUCUUCUUGGGUCAACAUAUGACAAGCGAGCAGCCGAGGCUGCUACAUCUACCCGUGUCAUCAAGGUGGAGGGGCCUUUUACUGACGGCCCCUCACUCUUGAAUGGCGGCGUUGCGCAGAAGUCACCCGACGCAUCGUCGACCAAGACGGAGCCCAAGGGCUGGUUCCCGUCGGCGGCAGAGCACACUGCCCGUCUCCGCGCCCAGUCCGACGAGACUAAGCGCCCCGUGACCGCGGACGCCGCCCACCAUCACUCGCGGCGCACCUCGCGCGACAGCCACUACCCCCCGCCGCUUCUCAGCUUCGCCGAUAACCAUCGCGGAGAGCGGCAUUCUCGCUACGGCGAGCCCCCUCACGGCUACGCCAGGAGCCAUCACGGCGGUGGCGGCCAGCCGCUCAUCAACUUCGCCACCGGCGGCCAGGCCCUGCAGCCUCACGGCGCGGCGCCGCAGCGAGGUAUGUCCCGGAGGGGCCUCCCUCCCUCGGGCUCGUCGUCCAACUCGCUGGGCUCCCAGCACUCGCAUCACUCGCAGCAGCACUCGCCCAGCAUGCGAGGCCGCAGUCGCUCCACUGCCUCUCGGACGAGUGGCGCCCCUCGGCCUCGCUAUCCCGAGGAACAGCGCCCUCCUCCCAUGCCGCAGCGGUCCGUCCGCCAUCGGGAGGGCCCUUCACCUCGGGGCCCACCUCCCCAGUGGCAGCCCAGCGAGCCCCUCGUGAACCGCGCGAGGUAG